AUGGCGCUGCCGGGAGCUCCUCAGCUUCGCCCGAUGGAGACCGCGGCAACGGCGGCCACGAACACCGCCAUGGAGGAGGAGCUGCAGCGCCUCUCCCGCUGCGCUAUGGUGGCUUGUUUAUGCAGGGAGCGGGAUGAUGUCAGCCCGGAGGAGGUCAAGCGGAUGCUCUGCACCAAGCUGGGUGUCCUAGACAGGGACAUCAAGGUCACGCGACACCGCCCAGAGGACUUCCUCAUCGUCUUCGAGCACCAGCACCACCGUGACGCCGCUUUGGACAUGAGGCGGCCUCAAGUCGGCAGCAUCGGCAUACGCUUCCUUCCCUGGCGUAUCCUCCCCUACAGCGACCGCAUCGAGCUGCGCCACCACGUCCGCCUCUGCCUUGAGGGAAUCCCGGCCCACGCAUGGAAUGAGAGCAUCGCGAAGAGGACCAUUGCGAGGGCCUGCGACAUCGACUACAUGGAGGGGCGCUCGAUCCGCCGCGACGACACCCGUGCGCUUUAUCUCUGGGCGUGGACGCACGAUCCCUCCGACAUCCCCAAGGUAACGUGGCUGACACUUACAGGAGGCUCUGCGGUGGUGCAUGAGGGCGCCGCCCCACCAAGAGGACGGUGUGGACUCACCUUCAGGGUCCUUGUCCACCUCGACAUCGUCGAGCCACCACCGGAUGAGUAUGGUAACUCCAUCGCGCGGACAAUCGACUGGCGCUAUGGCGUAGUCGAUGGGGAACGCAUCCCGCGGGAACGCCGCGACCCUCCACCAGACGCCAGCCGCGACCGACGCCGCGACGACGACGACGACAGACGCGGCCGCCGCAGCGACAAGAACAGGGGCUGGGGCUCCAGGAUGUUCCGCAGCCUAUCCCGCGCGCCGAACAGGGAUAGGGAGCGGGAGCGCUCCGCAUCUCGCCAGGGGCGCCGCCACGACGCUGCUUCUUCGACGGGGGGGCGCCGACGCGCAUCCUCGCAGGGGUCCCCCUCCGGCCUCAACAAGGCGUGCCGGGAGGUGCAAACUCCUGCUCCAGCACCUGAACCGCAGCGCGGGCGCAGCGUGGAGCGCAGCAGCCCGUGGCGUGGCGGGCAUGUCCAGCGCUCGCCGCCCAGGGAUGUCGCGCGCCAGCAGGACCACGGCUCACCACCAAGGGCUCUUGACUCCCCCCGGCUACGCGACACAAGGUGCAGCAACUUCAACGACAGGGACCGCUCCCCGAGCCCAAGUCCGCAGGCGCUGCGCGUUCAGGCUGCACGGGCACAUCCCCCGCUGACUCCCUCGUGCAUUGCAGGGCUCCCCAUCAGGACGAGAGGGGGGAGACAUUGCGUCCAUCUUUUGCCCGUUUCAAGCCGGGACGGGUCUUCACGCGCAGGCCUCGCAACGACAAGGCGUCGGCUACACCCCCGCCACCUGAAGACGCCGCGAUCACAGCGCCCUACACCGCCCCUCCGGCUGUUACCCGUUUCAAGCCGGGACGCCACUACACCCGCAGGCCGCGCGGGCCUGGUGGCGUCAGGCCACAUCGUCGCGGCACCUCACAGGCCUCCGCCGCGCCUCACGAGGCCAAGGGAGGCACACGGGCGGAGGCUUUCCUCUCCACCAUUGCAAGGCCGGUGUCCCCCGCCCUACUUCGUCUUCCAACCGACAGGGGGGACGCGCGUCGUCGCCGCAAGACACCGCCAGCCCAUCGUGGAGUCCGUCGCAGCGCCCGCAUUGCGACAAGGGCAUGGCCGAGGGGCAACACUGUGGACUGUGCCAGACAGAUCCUCAUGA